UCGCAGGAAGUGCAGCCGCCCCAUUUCCAGCAGUCAAGAUGGCCCGUCGUCCCGCGAGAUGUUACCGCUACUGCAAGAACAAGCCCUACCCUAAGUCCCGGUUCAACCGUGGUGUUCCCGACCCCAAGAUCCGUAUCUUCGAUCUGGGACGUAAGAAGGCCAACGUCGAUGACUUCCCUCUUUGCGUUCACCUCGUCUCCAACGAGUACGAGCAGCUGUCCUCCGAGGCCCUCGAAGCCGCCCGUAUCUGUGCCAACAAGUACCUCGUGAAGAUCGCCGGUAAGGAAGGUUUCCACCUCCGUGUCCGUGUGCACCCCUUCCACGUCAUCCGUAUCAACAAGAUGUUGUCUUGCGCCGGUGCCGAUCGUCUCCAGACCGGUAUGCGUGGUGCCUUCGGUAAGCCCCAGGGUACCGUUGCCCGUGUGAACAUUGGCCAGAUCAUUCUGUCCGUCCGCACCCGUGACGCCAACCGUGCUGCUGCCAUCGAGGCUCUCCGCCGCUCCAUGUACAAGUUCCCCGGUCGCCAAAAGAUCAUCGUCUCCAAGAACUGGGGUUUCACUCCCGUCCGCCGCGAGGACUACGUCCAGCUCCGCCAGGAGGGCAAGCUCAAGCAGGACGGUGCCUACGUCCAGUUCCUGCGUGGCCACGGUCUCGUUGAGGAGAACAUGAAGCGUUUCCCCGACGCCUACGAGAACGUUUCUCAGGCUUAGAUGGAUGUUAAGCGCUUUAGGACACGAAAGAAAAAAAGACGUAUUGAACUAUUCCCACUUUUCAUGUCCUGUUUGUUAUCCUUGAUGUCAUUUAGUCACCGUAUGGGGCGGAGUUAUUUAACGCGGAUUUCCUCGGCUUGCAUGGUUGCACAGUAGGAUGAUAUCGUAGGACGGAGUAGUCGUAGUUCUAUCAGCUUUGAGUGAUGUCAACCCAAUGGUAGCCUGUUCAGCUUAUGAAAUCGUCUUCCUGGAAAUUCAAAUGAUAUCAUAUCUGUGCUAUCAUUAAGCCAAUGUAUUCGAAAUGUACUAGUAGUACUACUGUCGAUGAAAAUGUCCAUCUAGCAUUGUAGUAGUACUAGACCCUCUGUAAGAUGUUGAUUUGUAUUUGUUGAUUGACAAAUACCAAAUGUCAGACUACUAGCGUACAAUCAAU